AUGUUGAGAGGCGUGAGAGUUCCUUUGCUAGCCUUUGCGGACGACGUAGUCCUCCUUUCCACCAGUGCCGCAGGCUUGCAGAGGAAGUUGGAACUUUUGGAGGGUUUCAGUCGCCGGACGGAACUUCUUGUAAACUUGCAAAAGACGGAGGUCGUCGUUUUUGGGGGAAAAGUCGAAGCACAGAAAGCGAAGCACGAGUUCCGUUAUGGGGGAGAGCGCGUAGAGAUCGUUGAGAGUUACCGCUAUCUCGGUGUCCAGUUUCACUGCAAUGGAAGUUUCCGGCAAGGGGUCCAAUUUCUGGCGGAGGCGGGGCGGAAAGCGGCGUUUGCAAUGGACCGGAGAUGCAAGGAGCUGGGGCUACGGAAGAUCAGCACGAAGCUUGGCAUCUUCGAUACCCGCGUGAGUCCAAUUCUUCAGUACGGGGGAGAGGUGUGGGGUCCGGGGUAUGGUCGGGAGUGGGGAUGGAAUGGGGAUGGGGACUGUUUGGAGACAGUGCAUCGUCUUUUCUUGCGAAGUCUGCUGCGAGCUCGAAAGUCGACUCUUUCAAAAGCGGUUCUUGGAGAGAUGGGCCGGUUUCCGCUUGCCAUUGUGAGAUGGGAGCGGGUUUUCAGGUUCGUCAAUCGGACUUCUGCUCUUUCAAGCGACCGACUAGCAAGGUUGGCUCUAGAGGAGUCAAAGGCGAUGUGGGCAGCGGGCCAAGGGGGUUGGUACUCAAAAGUCAUGGAGAAAGCGAGGGAGUUAGCGACCGACGAGCAACUAGAGAAGCGGGGUCUCGACGUGAAGAUGCUGCGCGACUUCUCCGAGAUGGCUUACAUGCAAGAUCUCCGAGAGGAUCAUGGGACCAAAUACGAGACAUACUUUGAGGUGGUCAAAGAAGCUUACGAAGAUCUGAGAAGAAUCUUCCAUUCCAUAUUCGACAAUAGGGGCACGAAGAGCCUUAGGGCUUUCUUGAAUGGAGAGGACAAGAUUGCGGUAGGCAAGUAUCUCAUCUUUGUAUGGAGAGAAGAGCUAGGUAGCACUUUGAAAAGUUAA